AGUGUGCAUUUUACUAAGCAUAAAGAAAAAAAUUAAAAAUUUUAUUUAUUGAAAUAUAAAGAUAUGUUUUAGCAUUUUUUCCUUUUCAGGUUAAGCCCAGAACUCCAAGACACGACAAUUCUUAUAAUUAUUAAGUGCAAAAAACAAUGGCUUCAUAUAGCCCUAAACUGUUAGAAAAGAAAUAUAAUAACUGGGUAAAAGCUCAGUUAGCUGUGUUUUUUACUAAAGAUGGUCUUGAACCUUUUGUUUGUAAUGAAAUUCAACAAUUUCAACAGAAAUGCUUAGAUGAUAUUUGCUACAACAAUGGCAUUUUUAGUGGGACUAUAUGCUCGGGUUGCAGCACGGAAAAUGUUGUUAAGUGUCCUACAAAAGGUAUAUGCAUUGUCGGGAAGGGACAAUGCAGUUUUCACAAAAAUUCAAAUUACAUCCUAGCCGGCUGUCCGAAUAGGAUUUGCCAUCAUUUCAAAUCAGGAAUACAGAAAGCUCAUAGGUACUCUGGUCCAUCAUACAAAAACACUGAUGCUACCCAGUGGUGCAGUAAUUCAUGGGAAGUGGCGAAAUGCUUCAUGCCCCCAGAUGGAUAUAAAGAUAAAGCAUCUGCAACAGAAACAGACUUCAACGGUAUAAUCAGCGUUAUCCUCAAUUACAAAGACUUCGAGAGGAAAGUACAUGAAAACCUCAAUAUAUUUGAAGAGGCAAGAGAAAUUGGAAAAACUGUGCGACAUUCUUCCUCGCUCGAAGUAGAGGAUUCAGAUCUUCAGAAAUACUUUCAACUAUUACAGAAACUACUUUCUGAUCCCGUAUAUUUAGCUACAGACACGCAUGCACAGAAUGCUAAACAGAAACUUACAGAGUUAGAAAAUGACACUCUUGUCAUUGGUAAAGAUGAUAUAAGGAAAGCACUAGACGAUGUGGCAAAAGCAGUUCAGGACAAGAUAAAGACUGGAUUAGAUGAGCAAUAUGACAAAAUUAAACAAGAUCUGGAAUCACAAACUGCCGCACUGCUGAAAAGACUGAAUGAAGAAGGAGAUAGAGAACGGACAAAACUGGCUGAGACGUUACAAAAAGUAAUUAAGUCAGCAAUCAAAGACAAGAAAGAAGAAGAAUAUAUUGAAUGUAAACAAAAACUGAAGGAUGAGCUUAUUACAUGGUACAAAACCAAUCAGAGUACAGUUCCUCUUUCACCACUCACAGAUGCUUUCCCUACACCUCUAGCCGGGUUCUACAUUAUGCCAGAAAUUGACAAACAGACGUAUCAACCAGAUGGAAGGAAAGAAACAAGUAGAGUCAAGUCGUUACAGGACCUGUUUACAUCUCCAAGGGAAAUAUAUUUAUCAGCAGUCGCCGGAUUUGGAAAAACAGCGUUUUCAAAAUAUCUUGCCUUGACAUGGUGUCAAGCUCAUCAAAAGGAUGGGAAUUAUGGGCAUUUUAAAGAAGGAGAGUUAAAGGCAUUAUCUGGCUUUGAGUUUUUAUUUCUAGUGCUAUUGAGAGAUUCAGCUAAAGUUUGUGAUGUUGACGACAUGAUUGAACAACAAGUCAUACAGUACCUUCCUUGCUCAUCUUCAAUGCCAAAAGGUAUAUUAAAGGACAUUCUACAUGAUGAAAAAUGUCUUGUGAUAUUAGAUGGACUUGAUGAAUGGACACAUCCUGACAAUGAUUGUACAAGAGUUCCUAAAAUUAUUCCACAUCGAUAUGCACGUGAAAAGUGUGUAAUCUUGACAACGACCCGCCCAUGGAAGUUUGAAAUGUCAAACUUGAGUCAAAUAGUCGAAACAGUAGAGCUAGUUAAACUAAAUAAAGAAAAUGCCAGGCAGUUUAAGUGUAAUGCCAUGAAGUUGUUGAAUGUGAACCUUCAAGAUGGUGAACUGCAAAAUGAAGUUUGUAGAUUUGAAGAAGCAAUCAGUGACCAUGACAUUGAAGACAUGGAAUCCACCCCUCUCCUGUUACUCUAUCUUAUAUGUUUAUGGAUUGCAAAAAUUCCAAUAGGAAAUUCUGCAGUAGAAUUAUAUACAGGCAUUAUUCAGCUCCUUCUAUUUAGAACAGAAAAGUUACAUCGAAAAUUUCAUUCAUCGUGUGAAACAUCCCCGAGUAACGUUCCUGAAUGUUUCAGAAAACAUAAACAUUUCUGUAGUUACUACACGUUUCUGUUGACCAUUGGGAAACUAGCUUUUUAUACAUUGUUCAGUAAGAAAAAGGAGCACACAUUAGUUUUUGAUAGAAAUGUUGCUAAAGAAUAUAUUAACCAAGAAGAUUUGAAAUCAAGCUGUCUAUCAGGAAUACUAUCAGAAAGUAAAGUGAAAACAUUAGUAAGUGAAAGUUCUAAAAUCUCAUUUUCUCAUAAAACAGUGCAAGAAUACUUUUCAGCAUUAUUUAUAAGUUUUCAAAAUACAAAUGAAGUUCAGAAAAUCAUCUUAGAAGAGUGCAACUGUUUACAAAAUAUUCUAGACAUGUCAAAAGUGUUUGUUUUUAUUAGUGGCAUGAACCCUACAUUAAUGUCUACAAUAUCAAGUGUUUUAAUGCCUGUGAUAAACAAUAAUGACAAAACAAGCAAAUACAGAACGUUGGCAGGUUAUGAUUACAUGUACAAAAAGCCAUUAAAAGACAUUCAAGACAUGUACAUUUCUUGUAGCAAAGAAGGAAAGGAAAACAAAGACCUCAAAUUGUGUUUACAAGAUUUCAUCAUUAAUGAAAAUUGUCAACAACAAAACUACUUCAGUCAAUUACAAAAUCUGUGUCAACAAAAUAAAGAAAACAUAAAAUCAAUAAUGAUAGAAAAUAAAGGUAUUUGUAAUCUACAAGAAAUUAUCAGUUUGUUUACACUCUCUCACCUUCCACAUAUAGAGAAAUUAUUCUAUCAAAGUGAAAUUGUAGAAGAGGAAAUAAUGAGCUUGUUAUUGAAGCCUUUAAAAUGUUUAACUGUGAUAUCAUGUAAAUGGGAAAAUCAUCAAUUUGUAGGAGAAUAUUGCCAGCUGUCUGCAGAGAUAAUUGGAGGACUAGUAAAAUUACAACACCUGGAGUGUUUAUAUAUACAAUGUUUCACUAUGACCCACAAGGUAAUGGAGACAUUGUUAAAGUUCCUCACUAGUAAAAAAUCAAUGAAAGAAAUAAUAUUGUACAGUUUAAACUGUAGUGAUCAUGAUACUUCAUGUAGGGGAUUCAACCUUGACCUGUCUCAACAUUCACAACUAAGAAAUUUAGGAUUGAGCUAUAUACCUGUGUCACAAUUAAACAUGGAUGUAUCAUUGUUAGAGAGAUGUACUGUAGGUAAAUUAUAUAAACCUGGUGUUGUGUCAUCUUAUCUCAGUCAACUACCAGCAGCCAGUAAACUACAAACAUUUAGGUGUGAUGAUCUAGAAUCUUCCAGUGACAUAGAAACAAUGUUACAAACAUUAUCAUUGUUAUAUCAUGUGAAACAUGUUUGGUUGUAUAGAAUCAAUCUAGGUGAAAGAUCAUUAAUACUGUCACCUCAAAUGAUCAAUAUUAAACGUGUUGUCUUGAUUUAUACAACAAUGUCUUGUUCAGUGUUACAUGAUCUCAUUACUGUUAUAAACAAACUACCACAUACAGUGACAGUAUAUAUGGAAGGUUGUGAUAUAAAACCAGAAACAGAAUUUAAAAACUUUAAAAUAUUUAUAAAACAAUCAGACAAUUUUGUGGUCACACGUGAUGGCACCUUGAAGUCUGGAGUGUUCAUGUUUGACUUUAUAACAACAACAGCAAGUACUGAGUAACCUUAAAUGAACUUGGAGAAACAAUUUAUAAAUAGAUUAUGAGACUAAUGACAGGUGAAAUAGACAUCAUUUUAUUUAAUCAAUAUUCUCAGGUGAAUGUUUUAUAGUAAGGAUAUGAAUGGAAUGAAAAAAACAUUUACGUUUUAAACUUUAUACAUAUUUUAGCUAGAUAUGAAACUAGAGUGCAUUUAAUAAAAAAAAGGAAUUAUUCUUAAUGAUGAACACACAAUGUCAAUGGAUUUAUCCUAACUUCAAAUGAUGAUUUAUCAUAUAUACUUGGAAAGGUUAAAGAGGAUUAUGCUGUGUCUGUAUACCAGAAAUGUCUUUGAAAGUCCACUGGGUUUGUCAUGACGAGAAAUUUUUGUCUGCGGUGAUGAGUGUGAUAAAUUGGUUUGUUUUAGCUUCGUGAUAAUGAUAAACAUUUUAUGGAUGAUAGCCAUUGUUAAUCAGUUAUGAAAAUGAGACAAUCGCGUAGAUGCCAAAAACUGCAAUUUGGUGCCCUCAUUGGAUGACAGACCUUGAUCUUCAACGAAAAUAGAAGCUAAUUGAAAUACAAAAUUUACAUUCAUCAGUGAAUUCCUUGAAAUAGUACAAAAGGUUUAAAGUAAAGAAAUACAUGUGUGGUGUGUUCGGAAGUAGAUAUAUUAUGUCAAGAUGAUUUGUAUAUAUAUUUUACUCAGACAUAACUAGUAUAUUGUAAUAGUUUUAUGAUAAAUAUUACUUUUGUAACUCUCCCGGGAGAACUAUUUGCAGCCUGACUGAGACAGAGCACAGUACAUUUAGUAUAAUAUUCUGCAGCACUGCCGAAUGGGCUUUCCGAUCACCUUGUCUCCCUAUACUAGUUUUAGUCCUAUACAGAAACAUAACGAUUGUUAUUAUAGUAAUGAUAUCAGGGAUUUGGAAUUUAUUGUGAUUAUAAUAUUUCCUUAUCCACGAAGCUCAUGCGUGGCCUUAUAGUCUAUUAUGAAUUAAUUGUAAAUAAUAUUACAUUCGUCAUACUAUGUGUAUAAUAUAACUUGAAAUGUGUUCAUCUUUUAUGACUGUUACCUCAGGAAAGCAAUUUUUGUACAAAAAUAUUUAAUGUUGUAUAUUAUCAUAUUCAUUGAUCAUUCAAAUAUUUUCAGCUUAAUAUCAGGAUUAUUUUGUAUCAUAUA